CGGAAUCUGGCUUCUGCAUCGCCAGCGACGAUAAUUUAUCUCCCAUUUCCAGCGCAACGACGCCGGACGAGCUUUGCGCCUACCCAUGAUGAGGCCAAGGCGGUCGUCUGGGGCGAGCGAGUCCAGCGCCGGAACAGCUCGCCCCGAGCAGGAGCUCGGGAGCAUGUACGACUAUCUGGCCAAGGUUAUACUGCUAGGACCAAGCGGCUCAGGAAAAUCAUGUUUGCUCCAUCGAUUUGUCAAGAAUGAAUGGAGGAUGCUGUCGUCGCAGACGAUCGGAGUCGAGUUUGCAACAAAAAUAAUAAAGGUUGGGAGCGGGGCGCGACGAAAGCGGAUAAAACUGCAGUUAUGGGAUACGGCCGGAACCGAGCGUUUCCGAUCCGUCUCGAGAUCCUACUAUCGCGGAGCGGCGGGCGCAAUUCUAGUAUACGACAUCGCAUCACAUCUGUCUUUCCGAGGGCUGCAGCCGUUUCUCAACGAUGCGAGAGCGCUGGCGUCGCCUCAUCUGAGCGUCAUGCUGGUGGGAAAUAAGCUGGACUUGGCUUCAGAAAACCUUAUUGAUACAAGUUUGCCUCCAGCUACUCCCAGCAGCGUGAGCUCUACGGCGACGGGCUUUAACGGCGGAACUCCCUCUUUAUAUAGAGAUCAUGCCGGUUCCAUUGGCGUUGGCACGCAACAGAGAGCGACGGAGGCGCCCGAGGGCCGUGAGAUAUCGUCUGCUGAGGCGAGUCGAUGGGCCAGCACUGUGGGCAUCCCGGUCGUCACAGAAGUCAGUGCGCUCAACGGCGAAGGUGUAGACGAGGUCUUUAAUCGAUUAGCCAGGAUGAUCCUGACGAAAAUCGAGCUGGGCGAAAUCGAUCCGGACGAUCCCAUGAGUGGCAUUCAGUACGGUGACGGCGGAUGGAAUACCGCUAGCGAUGGAGGCAGCAUCAAGAGCUCAAUCACCGGCGGCACGUUGGACGAGAGCUUGAGCGGCCCACGGAGACGCAGACGAGGAAAGAGCCGAGGCCAGAACUGGAAUUUGAGAGAAUGGGAAGAUGUCUUUACGCUCAGCAGCCGCCGGAGGGGCAGAGGAUGUUGUUAAGGGUCAAACAGCUACCAUCUACGACCUUUUCCCCUUCUUUUCCUUUACCCACACACACUCACUCACACACCACAAGCAACACACUCUCUCUUGUCUUUUGAGAGCUUAGCCAUGUUUAUAUCCAUAUGCGCGCAAAAAUUCUGGAGGAAAUUGUGGAAGAAUAUGCAUAAUCAGCUCUUUUGCGUUUUGUUAAUUCAGAGAUGAGCUUUUACAUCAAUGACAGCAAGCAAUGUUGGCGUUUGGGAACGGCAUAGAAGCUCGAGUCCUGCUUUUAAACUGGCAGUACAGUUUCUUUCUCUUUUUGUUUUCACAAUUUUUCUUUGACUUGUUCGCCAUCAUCUUUUCGAAAAUAUGAUUCUUGGUUCUAUCUGGAAGAGUAUAGCCUCGUUGUCGUCUCAGUGCACACGUAUGGCGUAUAGGCUUAUAGGCUAUUUAAAGCGUAGUACGUGUAUCCAUGUAUCCCCAAUGACGAAUUAUUUUGCGUC